AUGAGCAAACGCUUGUUUAGUAUUUCCAACUUUAAUCUUAACUCAUCAACAUUUUCAGUCAAUAACUUGCUUAGUUAUGUGCCUAGAGCAAUACCCACAAAGAAAAAGUCAUUGUCAAAGCCACAAAGUGGGAAAAGAGUGGUGGCAGAGGUACUGAAUGCUACAACAAAUGAAGUCCACCAACACUCACAUUAUAAAAGGUCUACUCACCCAACAUCGGUUCCAAUCUCCAAAUUGUUUAGUAAUAACUUCCCAUUAAGUGUUGCUGAGUCUAUAGAGCAUUAUAAACUACGCAAUGACCCACUUCAAUUUCAACAUGAAUUGUUGUCAGUUUUACCAUUUUAUCCCAAUAUGGAUCAUCUAGGUAGGACUUCAAAAGUGUUGAAGGUGUUUAUAGACGACAAGGGAAACUAUAUCAAUGAGUUCGUCAUUUAUCCGCCGGGCAAAACAGAAGCUGAUCUGGCUUCAUUGAAGCAUUUGGUUAUGAUUCAUGGAUAUGGGGCUGGUCUUGGCUUUUACCUCAAAAAUUUUGACGCCAUAUCCUCUCGUGAUGGCUGGUGCAUCCAUGCCAUUGAUCUAUUCGGGUAUGGUUGUAGUUCUCGACCACAUUUUCACCCACAAAAUCUCAAGGAAGUUGAAGAUUGGUUUUAUGACUCUUAUGAAGCUUGGCUUGCUCAAAAGGAUAUCGAUAAAUCCAAAAUGUUGAUAAUGGCACAUUCAAUGGGUGCUUACUUGAUGGCAUGUUAUGGUAUUGCACGUGACCCUUAUUUUUGCAAGAAAAUCAUCAUGGCUUCACCGGGGGCCAUAAUCAAACAUAAACGUCAAAUACCAGUGCCAGGAUAUUUCAAACGACUUUGGGAAAGAAAUAUUUCGCCUUUUGUCUUGGUUCGAAAAGCUGGGCCCAUGGGUUCAAAAGUAGUUAGUGGAUGGUCAUCAAGAAGAUUUGCUAAGUUGCCCGCGCGAGAAGCUCAUUUGUUGCACAAGUAUGCCUAUGGAAUAUUUCAAGCUAGAGGAUCAGGUGAGUACAUGUUAAACUUUUUGCUUGCCCCUGGUGCUGAUGCUAGGUUUCCGUUGAUUGAGAGAGAAAUACACAAGCUAAGAUGUGAUAUGACAUGGUGGUAUGGCGAUGGUGAUUGGAUGGAUAAAACAGGAGGCCAAAUGUGCAGUGAUAUUAUAAACAAUUUAGCCGAUUCUGCAGGCAGACACCAGCAUAGUGAUGUCAAGAUUAUCGAAAACAGUGGACACCAUGUGUAUCUUGACAACAUUACACAAUUCAACAACUCCGUUUUAGAGGAAAUGGAUAAAUUUUAA